AUGGGCUCAAGUCAGAAGAGGAAGAAGGAGAAGCAGAAAGAUUUCCAGGCGAAGGCCAAACCUGCAAAUUUUACGGAUACCAGUUUCAGGUCGAAAGCAAUCGUCUUGAACCAACAAUCACUUUCUACAAGUGCACCAACAUCAUCCGCUCAGUUUUCACAUCAUCUAUCCCUUCUAUCAUCCAAAUCCGACAUACAGCGCAAAGAAUCCCUUGCGCAUCUCACAACAUCGGUAUCAUCUCGCCCUGUGGAUUCACCAUUACCGCAGCCCGUGAGUGUAAUGAUACCAAAAUUAGUUCCCUUACUGCUAGACGCCAGCAACAGCGUACGAGCACAACUCUUGAAAUUCCUCAAAACCCUCCCAACAGGUGAUAUAGAGGCCCAUGCUGCUCAAUUAUUACCCUAUAUACGAGCGGGUAUGACACAUUUAGCUGCCGAUAUUCGUUCAUCAGCCGUUGAAGUUUUGGGUUGGCUGGUGGAGACUGCGGGAGGGGAAGUUGUAUCUUGUCCUGGAGGGUGGAUCAAGACGUUGAAUUGUUUCUUGUCUCUUCUCGGAUGGCAUACCGAGGAGUCGGCGAAGUGGUCUUCUAAUCGGAGUUCGUUUGGGAAAGCGGGGAGCGAAGGUCGGCCUAUGGUCAAAGCGCUUCAUGCUCUUGCUGAGUUUCUGCGCGCUGGAAUCAGUAGUGACGACGGGGAAGCGAUCAUAGGAAAUGAACAUCUCCCUGCAGAUCAUGACACGGGAGUGGAAUUCUUCCCAGUCGAUCUCACUGUUCGCCAGAACAUGAUUCCGGAUCGUUCUGCGCCGUACGCUUAUCUGAACCUUUUCGGUCAGCCGCGUGAUGCAGAGGGCGAAAUGUACGAGAGUCGAGAAGAUAGACUACGAGUCUUUGGCGAUAUGUUUCGCAAAGCUAUUGAGCGUGGAGUGGAGAAUGCUCGCAAGGAAGGGGGUGAAGUUGGACGGGCUUCGGCGGCGGUGUUCAAAGUGCUUCGAGAGACUCGAUCUGAGAGGUGA